GUUAAAUAACGUUUCGUAGGUUGGAGUCCCAAUUAAUUUGUGAGAAAUUAUCAGGACGAAUCAGGAUUACAGUGGCAGAAACAUGUCGUUGAUUCAGGAAGGGAAUUCUCAUGACCCUGCACUGGUCCAGCAGACGUCACCAACACGGGUGAGACAUAGCCACCGCCAACAUCGUGCGAGUCACAGCCACCACCGACAUCGUGUGAGACACAGCCACCGCCAACAUCGUGCCCCUCCAGUGCACUCAUCUCCUCCUUCCACACGACACUCAUCGGCAGUGAAUUCUGCUGGCACCAGCACUGCCUCAGACCUGCAUGCUGGCCCAUGGCUUUCACCUGCCUUUGAGGUACUGUCUUUUGAGAAGAAUCUACCUGGAAGGUGGAGGCAGCAAGUUACUCUGGUCGCUACUGCUCCCCCCCCAUCAGAGUUGUGCGUUUCCGUAUGCUGCCAUGCCACUCGGUGACCAUAAGCCAGGAGUGAAUACAAGUCGUCAGAAUAUGCAGGAUGAGUGGUCAGUUCAGGUUUAUUGUAUUCAUUUUUUAUUCUUUCAGUCUUCCGUCUCUCUCUGUCUCUGUUUCUUUAUGUAACUAAAAAUAAAGUUACUCGAUAUUUUGCUUGUAUAUACUGUAUUAUACAUUACAUACAUACAGAUUAGAAGUUAUAUACAAAAGUAUGUACUUAAUGGCAGUUUAAGUGUGAUUUUGGUUUAUGCACCAUCUUCAGGCAUACUCCCCAUGUAAGAUGCAGCUCCACUCUAAACGUUAAACUGAGGAACACGCUAUAAUACUGCACAUUUCAGUAACCAGAAAGGUGCUGAGUUGGCAAUAAAGCCCACAACUUCAGCCCUCAGGAUGCGAUAACUUGCUCUGCGGUCAUGGCUGUCCCGCACAGAAGCUUGACCAAAAUUACAAAAUAUUUUUGAGAUAAUAUAUACACCCAUAGACCCAACCUGUGGAGUGGGCAUAAUGAAAAGUAAGGGGAGUAUGGCUAGAAGUAGCAGGACGGUGGUUGCAGUUGUCAUUGUGGGAUUGGGAAGUGUGUUUCACCAUGACUAAAAUCUUGUUAUAAUGCAUACACACCCUGCAUUCCUUACCAUAGUGGACCUGCUAGAAUCCACUGCAUGCCCUGUUGAGGGCAGGCAGGAAUAAAGGCACAGACAGUAUCUUGUACGCAUUCUUUGAUUUGCAUCAGGGGUCAGGAAAUAGUUGGC